AAACGUCACUCAUUCAUAAACUCGACAACCAUUGCAAGACUGACCAUUGCGCGGUACACACGCAGCCAGUGAUUUUUUUAUCCCAUAGUAUUACCAGUGUUGUGAAAAUGAGUGGCAACUUUCUGACUAUACCCGGGGACUCUUUAGGACGCCGGUCUAGGAGUUCAUCAUUGACAGACCUCAUAUCGUCGUUCGAUAAUAAAGCACAGGCGCACACAGAGUUACAGAAGAUCACAGCAUUCAGCGGACAGUUCGACAAAAACCACAAACCUACAUUUUCUAAAGACGAAUAUGGCAAACCGGUACCUGGUUCCAUGACCGAGUACAGAGGCGCCGAGGCGCAGGCGAGGGUGUGCACGGAAAUGAAGGAGCUCUGUGAAAUCAUACACGAAUACGGCAAGACGCCGUGUAAAGGACUCUUACCGCCGGAACUGAAGAGCGCGACCAAAGUUAUCUCAUUCGGGGAACUAUUCACAAUCUACACAGUAAUCUCUGACAAACUCGUUGGCCUUCUGCUGAGGACGCGAAAGUAUCAACUAACGUACUUUGAAGGAGAAGUCUUAUUUCAGAAGCGAGAUGAUGAUGUACCUGUGUUCUUGAUGAAGUCCAUUGAAGAAAUACGAGAAUACUGUAAUAAUAAAGCAUUGCAGGCCCGCCGGUCGGUGUCUCCUAUGCCAAACUAAGGUCAACGACUAAUAUACUCAGUAGCAGAUUUAUCCGCCCACAUUAAUAUGACGCGAGUAUAUUAAAGUGGGUGGAUAAUUGUGCCUCUGAGUAUACUCAGAUAAUAAGAUAGAACAUUAUUGCCUGUAUUUUAGGGUGACUGAAAGAUAUGGAUAAAAGUCUUGUAAUUUCUCGAGUAAGCUCGACUAUUUCAAACAGAUUUCGAUACAAAAAAAUUAAAAGUAAUUUUUUAAACAUAAAUGAUUAUUUAUUGUACAGGUUAGGUUUUCUUACGAUUUUGGAUUUGAAAUAAUCGAAUUUACUGCGAUUGAAUGUGCCUGAGAAUUGUAGUCAUUGUGUUAUUGCUCCUCUACACCAUCAGUCAUGAUGACCCCCAACCUCGUAGAACGUGGAUUAAGAAAGAAGUAAAUUUUUCGAGAGUCGACAGAAACAAUAAAUCAAAAUGGGGUCAAUAAACUCUAAAAUUCAAACAGGGUGCCUAGUGGCAGUUUGAUACUGUUACCGUCACGUAACGUAAACGCGAAUUUCUAAGGAAUUGAUCCAGCGCCAUCUAGUGGCACUACUGCACAACUGUUUCAAUUCCAUAUAAAUUUGCGUAAACGUCGAUGUGAUAAUAACAGUAUGAAAAUAUUGAAAACUCCCACUAGACACACAGAAUGCCUGGACUGUUACUAUCACGUUAAACGCGAAUUUAUAUGGAAUUAAAAUAGUUGUGCAGUAGUGCCACUAGAUGGUGCUGUUUCAAUUCCUUAGAAAUUCACGUUUACGUUAACGCGAUCGUCACAGUAAUAAACUGCCACUAGCUGCUUUGGUUUUUGUUCAGUUAGCAUACAUGUCACGCCUGUUUCCCAGAGAGUUCCCUCUAGUCACGAUAAAAUUAUAGGAAAAUAAUUAAAUGUUUUAAAUUCCUGGACAUUUUAAAUUUUCAGACAUGUGCCCUUUUCGAAAUUACAUAUUCAAUUAGUGGAAAUUCCUUAUUCAAUUGGAGGUGCAUGCCCCAUACCGGAUUCGAACCCACACCCUCCGGAAUCGGAGGCAGAGGUCAUAUGAGCUAUCACGGUUUUUAUAAUCUGCUUAUCAUAAAAAUAUUGAAGUUUAAUAACUAAUAAUUAAGUUUAAAUUAAAGAUAAAGUUUAAGUAGGUUUGUUUAAAAAAGUAAAUGUCAAGCAUAAAUGUAUUAUUAUAUAUAGAAAUAAAUGAAAUGUACCUACACAACUAAUAUGAAAUAAAAUUAAUUACAAUGUCAAAUAUUAACAGUAAUGCAUAAAAAAAAAACCUAAAACUAUCACAAUACAAAAUUUAUUAUUUUGAGUGUGUUUGUAUUGUAUUCGGAAAAACGUCAAUUGAAGUUAAGCUGAUAGAUAAAUGAAUUUGCAAAACGAUCGCAUGUGUCGAAAUGGUGGCAGUCGCCGGUCUGUGCUCGCCCAUUAUGUCUGAUAGUGUAGAGGGGCCAUUUAAAGUGUUUUUCAUAUAGCAUGGGUACGGUGACAGUCGCCUCUAUGACGUUCAUAAUACGUACUAUUAAAGUGAAUCGCGGAAAACUUUCAAGAGUAAAACGAACUGUCACCCGCACCAUCCUACAUGAAACGAACUGUAAAUUGUAAUAUACUUUGGUAAUGUUAAGGAGUGGUUUAAAAUUGUCAAUAUUGAAAGUAAUGAACGGAGGAUUAGUUAUUGUUAUAAUAAUAUGUUGAUGUUAUAGUAAUUGUAUAUUUAGGUUAUGAUAAAAAUAAACGACAAAAUGUAGUAUUGUUACAUCAAUAACAUUUAUAUUAGAGACUAGCGGACGCCCGCGACUUCGCGACCCUAUUUUUACCCUUACCCCUACCCUAACCCUACCCUACCCUUACUCUACCUGUACCCUACCACGUGACGGCGACGGAAGCUUAAAAUUUUGAGUAACUUCUCCCGUUUUCCCAACAUUUCCCUUCACUGCUCUGCUCCUAUUGAUUAUAGCGUGAUGAAAGGAAUACUAUAACCUGCGCAGGAGUGUGAAGAAUAAUUGUACCAAGUUUCGUUAAAAUCCGUAGAGUAGUUUUUGUUUCUAUAAAGAACAUACAGACAGACAGACAAAAAUUUUACUGAUUGCAUUUUUGGCAUCAGUAUCGACCACUAAUUACCCCCUGAUAGUUAUUUUGGAAAUAUAUUUCAUGUACAGAAUUGACCUCUCUACAGAUUUAUUAUAUAUAGUAUAGAUAGCGCAUCAAAACUGAGGUGGAGAAAUGUGCAUAAUUGUCAUAAUUUCAUUUAGUCGCUUAUAAAAAAAACAAAAGUUAUUUAAACAUAAUUAUAAUGUGUCGAGUUGUGUGUUUAGGAAGUGUAAAAACUAUAUUAUACAGUACAGUACAGUACAGAAAGCCGUGAUAGCGCAGUGGAUAUGACCUCUGCCUCCGAUUCCGGAGGGCGUGGGAUCCGGUCCGGGGCAUGCACCUCCAACUUUUCAGUUGUGUGCAUUUUAAGAAAUUAAAUAUCACGUGUCUUAAACGGUGGAGCAAACCUACAUACCAGAGAAUUUUCUUAAUUAUCUGCGUGUGUGAAGUCUGCCAAUUCGCAUUGGGCCAGCAUGGUGGACUAGAUUGGCCUAACCCCUCUCAUUUUGAGAGGAGACUCGAGCUCAGCAGUGAGCCGAAUAUGGGUUGAUAACGACGAUAUAAUGCAAACACAAAAUUGUGUAUGUGUGCACCUAGUGGAGUCGUUAAAUUCGAACAACUUUUUGCGGUGAUUUUGUAGACACUAAACAUAUCUAUAGUAUAAAAUAAUCAUUGCUGAACAUGAACAUGGCAUUACUUAUAAUCCUGUACUUAUUCUAAAAAUUUAUACUUAUUUUUGUUUUUUACGAAAAAUGUUUUCUUUCACUAAAGUUUUUUUUGAUUAUACUUUGAUCUACAUACAAAAAUAAAAAAAUGAAUUUCCUUAGCAACUUAUACGAAAUUUCAAAAAGUCAAAGUUAAAUUCGAUGACUAUACGAACCCUUAGUAUAAGGGUUUGUGAUGAAUCGUGUCUCAGAUGAAAAUUCUUUUUAUGGUUUCUAAACUUGAGAUUUAAUCAGUCUAUCGUAUACACGUGCCGAGAAUCACAUGUAAACACAAAUAUUGAAUACUAGCAAAACCUCGCAGUUUUACUCACGUAGUUUCCGUUUCCGGGAUAAUAUAUAGCCUAUAACACUCAUAGAUAGUGUAGGUUCCAAACAGUGAAAGAGUUUGUCAAAUCAGUUUAGUAGUUUCGGAGCCUAUUGCAAACAAACAAACAAUCAAAUCUUUCCUCUUUAUAAUUAAUACUAAUUAUAUAAAGCUGAAGAGUUUGUUUGUUUGUUUGAUUGAACGCGCUAAUCUCAGGAACUACUGGUCCGAUUUGAAAAAUUCUUUCAGUGUUAGAUAGCCCAUUUAUUGAGCAAGGCUAUAUAUUAUUCCCGUACUCCUACGGGAACGAGAACCACGCAGGUGAAACCGCGCGGCGUCAGCUAGUUAUAAUAUAUUUAAAAAAUGAAACUGGUAACUAAGCGCAAUUAACCCUCCGUCUAAGAAACGUGACGUUUAUGAGCUGCAAUAUUCUAUUUUUACAACAAAAUAAGAUGGACCGAGACUUUAACACUAUAGUAUAAAAUGUACGAUUACGACUAAUAUUAUUGUAUAGUAUACUAUAGAGGGGAUAUAACCCCAAUCGAUGAAAGUACAGUGAUUCAAAGAAAUAAUUUAAAUAAAGAUAAUAAAUUAUUUGCAGUAGGUACCUAAUGGUAUCCAUUUGUGAUUGUACUUUUUAGAAAAAGUACAAUAAUUUUGUACCUUUUUAGAAAAAGUACAAUAAUUUUGUACCUUUUUAGAAAAAGUACAAUAAUUUUUUACUUUUUAGAAAAAGUACAAUAAUUUUGUACUCUUUAGAAAAAGUACAAUAAUUUUGUACUUUUUUAGAAAAAGGACAAUAAUUUUGUACUUUUUUAGAAAAAGGACAAUAAUUUUGUACUUUUUCUACCUUCUUAUUUAAUUCAAGUUUGAAUUACUUACAAGUAAGGAACAUCACAAUGAUGAAUGAAGCGUUUCAAUAUAACGUAAUGUUGAGAUGCCGUGGUUUUCUUUUGUACUAGAACACAAUGAAUCAUCUCAUAAAUAUUUACUACAUUUAUGUACUAACUAAUAAGCAUAGAUAUAAUAUGUUGUAACUUGUUACGUAUGCACAUAAAUAUAAUUAGAAAUAAAAUAUCGAAAAGAAGGGACCUAGAGUAGUGUUUGUCUUUAGGUUAGUGCCUAUAUUUUUGUUAAGUUAUAACAACUCUCGGCAAGAACCAGCUCAUGACUAAGGGCCCCGUAUGGGUUCGAAACUAGUCGGGCAUACUCCGACGUAAUAUCACGUGAGUUUUAGCCGUGUUUCAUAAUCAACUCUCGGUAAUCAUAAAUAUUGACAAAAAUCACCAUUCUUCUUCUGUUUGAGAGUUACAAGUAUUAUGCCGUAGACAAAUUAAUGUUUUAGAUUAAUUUUAAACCUAAGAUACAACAGGCAGACAUACGGAAAAACAUAUGAUCCUACUUUUACAUUGGAUAAAGUCAUACUUUAAAAGAUCUAGUCAAUUAAAUAUAAGAGCAAAACUAAACUGUAAAAUUAAUCGAUGUAUGAGUUAUAUUAAAUUAUACAGGGUGAUCGGGAGUAUUACAUAACAUCAAGGUGUUGACAAGUCCACUCAAAGGAGCCGAACUGCAUAACUAAUAUUUUAUUUAACUAAAAAAUAAAAACUUAUAUGUUUUCGUACAAAGUAGUUCAAAUAAUUCCGACUAUCCAUGCAAUACACGCCUUUAUUUAUUCUUGCAUUUUAAAAUACAUAAAACUUGGCUACGUCAUAAUAAUAAUGAUGCGUAAAAGGGACACAUUUUAAAUUUAUUUACAAAAGAAAAAUUAUUACCCCGAAAAUUUAGAACACCAGUUCCUUGAACGUUUUUAAUUAACUUUUGGAAAAGAAUGUAACCCUAGAGUUAUGAGAAAUACUCCCCAGCACCCUGUAUAAUAUUAAAUAGAUAUUAAGUUUUAAUUGUUUUAAUACUAAACUAUAUGUUUACGCAACAAAAAUAUAAAAACAAUAUCACAUAUUCUAGUCAAUACAUUUUUAUGUGAAAAUCAAAAUACAAAUUUCAUAUUUAAGAGAGUCAUCGUAUAGAGAUUUAAUAUUGCUUGUAUAGUUUUAGAAUUACCUACAAAAAAUAUUAUUAUAGAAACAAAAAACCCGACUGUGUAAAGAACUGAAAAGAGGAAAACAAGUAUCACAAUAUGUAUAGUAUUCUAACUAAAUUCUUUACCUUGCCGCAUGCGGUGACAAACAUAGCUUUGGUAGAUCAUUCUUUGCCCGUACGUAGAAAGUAUUGCUUCUCCCCGCCUAUAAACAGGCUACUUGCCUCUUUUGUAAACAGUGUUUAAACUAUGGAAGUAUUAUAAGUUAUAUUUUAUUUUGUCCCGUCUUUAAUAACCAGUCAAAAAUUAAUAUAAAUGAAAAAAUAUCUACGAUUUUUGCCGCCGAAACAGAACACAUUAGCAAGUGACGUCAUUCAUAGAGAUAACAGCGUGAUUGGCAUUUGCAGUGAAGUCACGUCACCUCAAGCGCCAAUCACAAACCGAUGCCUUAUAGUGAAUGACGUCACAGUUUAUGAUUGGCGUUUGCAGUGACGUGAUAAAAAUACAAUUUUGUUUUAUAAAAAUAUUACAAUUACGGGAUUUUUUUCACAAAUAAAAAUGUGAUAGAGUUGCUAGGCAUCUAAACUGCAUAUAUGCAAAAAAAUCUUCUUAGUUUUAUACAGCAGGCGAGUAGCCUAUUAAUUUUUUCUAACAGUGGAAUUCAUAGACGUUGUAGAGGCACCGCCAGUGGAUUAUUCCCCCGCUGAGUGUAAAAUUGUCAAACAAAUAGAGUUUAAAUUCGACAGUCAGCGGCUGAAUGAUCCCCUGUGGGUGUCCCUACAACGUCUAUGAAUCCCUUUGUAAAUAUUGUAUGAGCUACAAAUUUAUUACAUUCUAUGCAAGGUCUAAAAGUAAUAAAUUACAUCACUGACUGUUCAAAAUGAUUUACUAUGAAAAGUUGGCUAGUUUUCUAGGUAUUCAGUGAUAUUAUAUCACUGAGGCCGCCGAUUUUUUAUUUGUGUACAAAAGAUUCAAACUUUCUUAUAAAAUAUAAAUUUUGUGAGAUGUAUUAGAAUAUAAACAGAAACAUGUAUAUUUAUGUGGAAAUAUAGAAUGUUCUAUUUAACAUAAUAUAACAUUAUUAGUUUUAUUUUAAAUAUAAUUUUUAGUUAUUUUAAGUAAAAUCAUUAGGUUUCAAAAGAAAUAUUAAAACUAAUAAAUUGAAAUUUUAUUAAAUCCUU